AUGGCUGGAUCUCCCAGACACAAGUCCACCAGUGAACCAGUGUCUUUAGAGGAUGCAGCCUCAUGGUACUGUGUUAUCUUUCUAGUAGGCCUCAUUUUGUUGGGGACGAUUAAAGGAAAUUCUCUCACUCAUGAUGCUGGUCCGCCAAUUGUUAGAUCAGGAAACCAGCUCUUGGACCGACCUCCCUGUGAUGAAAUAUAUGUUGUAGGAGAAGGCGAAACCGUCCAAACGAUCAGCGACAAGUGCGGCGACCCGUUCAUCGUCGAAAACAAUCCGCAUAUCCACGAUCCGGAUGAUGUUUUCCCCGGACUUGUCAUCAAGAUCACUCAAUCGUAG